AAUUUGUUGAAGCUAUAAAAACUUUAUGAGUAUACAACGGAAGUACUUUAUCGUCGUACUUCAAGGAUGUAAUGCGAACUUCCAGUGUCAUGUCAUCCUGAAUAAUUUAAUUGCCAAGUCAAAAUGAUGUCAGACAAAUUAAAGAAAGAAGUGUGAGUCAAUAACUAAUUUUUUGGUUCCCGUUCAAUUCAGCAACAACAGAAAAAAUGUGCGG